AAGAGUUUGAUGAGGAGGAAGAGGAUGAGUCAGAGGAGGAUGGAGCAGAGGAGGUGGAGGUAGAAGAGGAGGUUCAAGUUACAAUUGUGCAGCAAAGUCAAGAAAGACGAGAGGAGGAGCAGCAGGUGAUGAAAGAAGAGAGAGAGAAGGAGGAGAAGAGAGAGGAGGUGAACAAAAACACAAAGAUCAGGAAGUUUACACACAAGCUGAGAGCUCUUGUUCUGCAAACGAUGCACAACACACACAUUCUGAAGACUCUUACUGUGAAAAUAAUACACAACACACAAACUCCUGUUCUGAAAAUAACGCAAGUCACACACACUCUGAGGUCUCUUAUUGUGAAAACAGAAGGCAAUUUAAGGAGUCCAUCACACCUCACGAACUCUCUGAGGGCUCUUUUUCUGAAAGUACAUAACACACACAGACUAUAAAGACUCUUAUUCUGAAAAGGAUGAACAACACCACACUCCGAGGACUCUUUUUGUCAGAAAAACACACGUGUAGAAAAGUCUCAAACGCACCAGGAACAGCCUGAGGAUUCUUAUUAUGAAACGAACACUCUCCAAACUCACUCAGAAGACUCUAAAUCUGAAAAGAGCACACAAGAAACCCAAUCUGUAGGCUCUGAUACUGUAGGGAACAUAACACAGAUCAUGGCUGAAGACAUGCACACUGACAAUAACACACUUCAAAAUCAGUCUGAAGACUCGUAUACAGAAGUAAACACACUCAAAGCCCUUGCCGAAGACUCUUGUUCUGAAAAGAACACAUUUCAAACACACCCUGAGGAGUCUAACACACCAGCGCUGCAUCCGGACUCAUCUGGGAGUCUAUGUGAGGAGUCUGAAAAUGCACAGGAGAAGCUGACGGAGGAGAAGGAGGAAGAGGAGGAGGCAGCGUGCUGCUGUGAGGAGGUUGGUGGAGGAAGAGCUGCCGAGCUUCCAACUGAAGGCUCCGUCAGUGAGUUGCCUCCUGCACAGCCACAUCUCAUUCAGUCUGCUGGUCCCAGCACAACAAAACCAGCACCACCUCCACCUGCUCCACAUCAGGAGCAGUCAGCUGUGCCCACAGUCCCAGUGCGCUUUACCCAGUCCUCCAAGUCCUCCCAGUCCAAGUGGUCCAGCUUCUACAACGUGCUGCUCAGCUCUGCAGCUCUCUGUCUGCCUGGAACCAGAGAUCGUAGCGGUCGGGCUCUGCUGACCGUCUGCCCUAGCAACACAGUGUGGUCAAAUCCCGACUGUGACAGCGCAGAGCUGCUCCGCCUCCUGCUCUACUACACAUCCACCCUCAGGAAGGAUGUGGCAGCGUUGGGAAUGACUGUGCUGGUGGACGCCCGUAGAGCUGCUCCUGCUCCCGCCCUGUUCUCCUCCCUCAGGUCCUUACAGGAGAACAUACCAGGCUCAAUCCACUCCGUGCUGCUGCUGGUCAACAAGGACUCGUCUCUGCGUCCGGACAAGCCUGCAGCACUACAGGUAGAGGUGUUGAGCUCUCUCAAGUCUGUUCAGAAACACGUGGAGCUCCGUCAGCUUCCUGCUGAGUUUGGAGGAUCGUUCAGCUUCAGUCAGAGCAGCUGGCUCUGCUACAGAUCGAGAGUGGAGCAGCUGACCAAUCAGUGUGAAGAUGUCAUCAACCUGCUGCAGAAAACUAUCAACAUCCUGCAGUCCACUCCUCUACCUGCUGCCGCUCAGGAUGCCGAGCUGCUGCUGUCCAGGUACAAGGCUGUGAUGCGCAGCAUUCUCGAAGACAGCCGAUUGGUGCAGCUGCAGCAGGAGGGCGGAGCCUUGCUGUCGCGACUCCGCAGAGAGGAGAGCAGCCUCAGCGAGACUGAAGAUUAUCGGGCGGCGGUGGAGACGGUGUCGACUCUGUACGACGAGGUGGACGAGCUGCUCCACCGCCUGGUGACGCUCUCCAACUCCAGGACUCAGGAGCUCAAUUUCAUCCUGGAGUUCAGCCGACUGGAGCAAGGUUUCACAGAGGUGAGGUCGUGGCUGGAGCAGGUCGGGGAGGUUAAUCUGAAGAGUCUGAAUGAACCGGACGAAUCUUUGGAGCUUCUGAACAAAAAACAACAAGACUUCAAAGCUUUCCACAUCACAGCAUACGAGCGAUGCAGUCGAGGCGAGGCAUUAUUGAGUCAUGUCGAGCGUUGGGGCGACAUGUCAUCAGCUGACCUCCACGUCUACGAGGAUAAAAUUCAUUCUUUCUUUGCUCAGCUUCAGGAUUUCUCUCAGCGGGUCAAAACCACAGGCAGGAACAUCGAGCAGGCCGUCUGCCUCUAUCGCUUCUUAGACCAGGCCUAUGGCUGGGCUUUGGAGGGUAUGCGUCACCUAGCUGGAGUCAGUAUGGAGGAGUGCACGCUGCCAGACAAACGGCAGGCGGUGAUCGACUGCCUGGAGGACUACCAGCGCCAGCACCCACCUAUCCCAGACGGCCGUUUUCAGGAGAUGAAGGCGUUGGCAGAGGAGCUGCGGGGCGAGCGAGGCCUCCGUCAGUGGAGCUUCGCCUGGUCAAAAUGUCAGGAGACCAAGAAGAUGUUUGACAGGAAGAUGGAGGCGGCGCUCAGGACACGAGACUCCGCCCACAGACAGAGAUCUGACUCUGCCGUCAGCAGGAGCUCCAUCUCCUCCAGGAAAUCACUGUCAGGACUUUUGGGGGUCUUUGAUAAGUCCUUAACUUUCUCAUCUUGCCCCCCUGAGGAGAGCAACUCCUCGCCUCCUCGCAGCACUUCCUACUCCCAUCUCUCCAACACUCCUCAACACACCCCACUCCUCCAGCGUCUGUUCCGCAGCCCCUCCUCCUCCUCCGAGUCGUCAGAUCUGGUGGAUAUCUGUUCCUCCAGUCCCAGUCUACCCCGCCUCGGCUCCUGUCACAGCUUCACACCCUCCUUCGCCUCGUCCCCCUCCUCAACCUCCUCAUCCUUCUCCUCCAGCAGGCGGCAGCAGUUAAGAAAGACUCAGAGCUUCGACUGUCCCUCCACCCCCGAGUCGUCACGGUACGGGCCCAACCCCCGCACCCUCAGCGAGCCGGUGCGCAGAGGAAACACGGGCGUGUUCAUCCGCGGCCUGGAGGUCAGCAGCUCUGAGGCAGCUGACCACACGCUCUGCCCCAGGACACCUGCUCACAGCUGGGCAGUGCAGGGACUGAGCAACCCUGGGACACCCGGAACCCCAAGAACCAAUGGCAGCCCGGCAACAGAGUCCAGACCCAGGGGGAGUAAGCUCCGGCACGUCGUCGAGGAGAUGGUGACCACGGAGAGGGAGUACGUCCGCUCUCUGAGUUACAUCAUCCGUCACUACUUCCCCAUGAUGGACCGGGCCGACCUUCCUCAGGACCUGCGGGGGAAACGCUCAGUCGUGUUCGGAAACCUGGAGAAACUUCUGGACUUCCACAGUCAGUUCUUCCUGAACGAGCUGGAGGCGUGCUGGAAACACCCGCUCAGAGUGCCACACUGCUUCCUCAGACAUCAGGAGCAGUUCAGUCUGUACGCUCUCUACAGCAAGAACAAACCAAAAUCUGACACUCUGCUCGCUCUGCACGGACACUCCUUCUUCAGGAGGAAGCAGGUGGAGUUGGGGGAUAAGAUGGACCUCUCCUCCUACCUGUUGAAGCCUGUCCAGAGGAUGAGUAAAUAUGCUCUGCUCCUCACUGACCUCAUGAAGGAGGUGGGCGCGGCUCAGGAGGCGGAGCAUGUCGCCCUGCAAGCCGCCACCAACAUGGUCAAGUUCCAGCUUCGUCAUGGCAACGACUUGUUGGCAAUGGACGCCAUCCGAGACUGUGAUGUAAAUCUGAAGGAGCAGGGUCAGCUGAUCCGUCAGGACGAGUUCACUGUCUGGACCGGGAGGAGGAAAUGUCAGCGCCACGUCUUCCUGUUUGAGGAGCUCGUUCUCUUCAGUAAACCCAAGAAGAUGGAGGGAGGGCUGGACGUCUUCAUCUACAAACACUCCUUCAAGACAGCAGAUGUGGGUCUGACCGAGUCGGCAGGAGACAACGGGCUCCGCUUUGAGAUCUGGUUCAGAAGGAGGACGUCUAAGAACCAGACCUUCAUUCUGCAGCCCGCCACAGCUGAGGUCAAACACGCCUGGACGACCGGCAUCGCCCGAAUCCUGUGGACGCAGGCCACCAAGAACAAAGAGAGUCGUCUGAAGGAGAUGGUGUCGAUGGGAGUGGGGAGUAAACCUUUUCUGGACAUCCAGCCGAGUGAUGCGGCCAUCAGUGACCGAGCCGUUCACUACAUCAUGAAGAGCAGAGGUGCCAGAACGCGAGCGUCCAUCGCCGUCUCUGUCUUCGAUCACUCGAACCCUUUCAAACGAGGAUCGGGGACCUCUGAAGCUGCGGCCUCAGGACCCUCUUCAUCCGGCCUGCUCGGACCGCUCAACCUGCACAUGCACAUGUACAGUCAAACCCUCUCCUCGUCUCCUGCUGCAGAGAGCUCCUUCAUCACUUCCUGUAUCGAGGAAGACGAGCAGGAGCACGAGACCAGCAGCCAGCCCUCCAUGACCACAGAGAGUUCAGGCUCGUCGUCUCGCUGUCUCUCGGGCUCCACCGGCUCAGACAGCGGUUGCGUCUCCUCCAACCUCCAGGAGGCGCUGCAGGAGGAGCCGAGCCCCCCCAGCCAGCCCUCCUCCUACUGCUCCUCCUCAAACAAACAGCAUCUCAACAGCCCGUACAUUUCACCUAAAACGGCUCCGGUCAUCAGCCCGGCCACCAUCGUGUGAGUCUGCUGACCUGACGGACUCGUAGGUCCGUCUGCUUCGUGCUGAAGUUUGGAGUUUCCUCACAGAUUUGAAUCAGCGAUGUUUGAUUGUCAGAUGUUUGUUUCAUUGUGUUCAUGUUGUUGAGCUCCGGUAGAGUUUGUUUUUGUAAAUAAUGACUGUUAGAGUUUAAUAAAUCUCCUCUCUGUAGUUCGACUCCUCACAGCUGCAGUGUGAUGUCUCUUGAUUGUGCUGAUGAGGCGACUGGUCUGUCAGGAGCACGCGCGUCCCAGCUGUGAGGAGUUCAGGUUUGUGUCUGAGCUGGUCCAGGAUCAGCUGGACUUAACUGUACAUGUGUGUAAAUAAAACCACAGCUGAGUGUCUGCUGUCACUUUUCUUACUUGAAUAAUAAACAUGAGUUUGUUUCAAACUGA